AAACAAAAUGAUGACACAAGUCAAUGGAUGAUGAAACAUUAACCAACAGCACAGUGUCUGAGAACAUUCUACUCUAGUCAUCUGUUCUGGAUCUAGAUCAUUCACUCUCCCUGUAUUUAUCACCUCUUUAUUGUCAACAUUUUGGUUAGGCCGACAAUAAGAACAUGAAGCACUGUCUUAUAGUGCUUAUAACACUCUGUUUCUUUAGGUUUGGACUGUUGGUUUCUAAUGAAACAGAUGAUGGCAAAGUGAAUUGCAAUGAUGUCUUAAGCCUGGAAGCUCAGCGAGCAGUUGGAGGUGCAGUGGCUAAACUGGGAUUGGUGCUUUUAGAAAAACUACAGCCUGGGUCUGAGCAACCAAACAUAAUCAUAUCACCUCUCAGUGUUUCUCUUGCACUUGCUGAGCUUGCUUUGGGUGCAAAGAACAAGACAGAAGACAAGUUGUUGGAAGUUCUUAAUGCAAAAGGCCUGCCCAAUUUUCAUGAAACCUUAAGCUGUCUCCAAGAACAACUAACUGUCAAAGCUGUCACAAUGGCAUCUCGUCUCUACCUCAUACCAGAUGUUAGGGUGAACCAGGACUUUGUGGACAGAGCUCUGAACCUGUACAAAUCUGAACCUGCACAUCUGACCUCCAUUGAGGAAGUCAAUCGUUGGGUGGAGGAAUCCACCAAAGGUCACAUAACCAACUUUAUGUCCAGUCUUCCACCAAAUGUUAUUCUAAUGCUGAUAAACACCAUUCAUUUUAAAGGUGAGUGGCAAUCCCGAUUUGAUUCCAAGUUCACUGUAAAGGAUAUUUUCUACAUUGACAAAAAUACCUCUGUCCAAGUGGACAUGAUGAUGGGAUCCAAAUAUCCACUCAGCAUGUUUGUAGAUAGAAAAGAUGGCACUCAGAUUGCAAGAUUCCCUUUUCAAGGAAAUAUGAGUCUUCUGGUGAUAAUGCCUGUGCCAGCACAUGGAAAUCUGCCAAUCGCAGCUGCCAAGCUCAACAUAUCGGACAUGUAUGAAAAUUUUCAAAGCGAGAAGUCGAUGCAUGUUAAACUACCUAAAUUCAAAUUACAGUAUAAGCAGGAUCUGCGACAAGCACUAACAAGCAUGGGUCUGGGCUUGCUGUUUACUGGGCCUGAUUUAUCUAGAAUCGCACCAGUUCCGUUAGUGGUUUCAGGCAUACAACAUGCCUCAAGCAUGGAGCUGAGUGAGGAGGGGGCCGAGGCUUCAGCCGCAACCUCUGUUACUCUUGUGCGCACAAUUCCUACUUUUGCGGUCAACAUGCCUUUCAUCUUCGCACUGGUGGAUGAUGCCUCUUACAUGCCUCUCUUCCUGGGUAUGGUCACCAACCCCAACCCUGGAGCGACAACGGAACAAAGCGAUGACCCAAAAAUUGAAACUGAAAGCACCAUGAAGCCAAGCAAAGUGUCACAGAAUGAUGGGACACUGAAUGAUAGUCCACAUAUGGAAAACAUGCUAAGUUACAUGUUGAAUAUGUGGAAGGAAACCGUUCCUAAGCAGUUCUUCAGACAUCAAGAGAUGGAGGAUGGUAACUAAAAGGAAAAGAUGGAUCCGUCCAUAUUACAGUACAUAUUUUGCCCAAUUAAAAUGCAGUGUUUUGAUGCUCAUGGCCUACCAUUGAUGGAUGUCAUUUUUAGCUUGACAUGAAUGAAGCUGUUCAAUGGCAUCUACCCUGAUUAAAGUUUAUGUAAUGGAUAAUGUCCAGUCAGUCUGGUUAUUAUUGCAAAAUAAUUUUGCAAUAAUAAUUGGUGGACUAUACAUUUUCUCAGGUAUUACACAGCUACUUGCCAAAUAAAUAAAUAUAUGGACAUGAAAAAAAAA